CCACCAAGAAGGCCUCCGGCAAGACCCAGCGCAGCGCCAUCGCUGACGUUGUCGCUCGCGAAUACACCAUCCACCUCCACAAGCGCGUACGUUGAUUCAGUUUGUUGAAGUCCAUCAAUGGUCUGUCAUAGCUGGGCGAACACCUGACCAGACCGAUCACGCUGGCUUGGGUGUUUGUUCAACUGUGCGGGCAUCGGGCGGAAGACUGAAGAGGAACACAAGGCUGAUGCGGUAUACAGGUCCACGGCGUUUCCUUCAAGAAGAGGGCUCCCCGUGCCAUCAAGGAGAUCCGUGCUUUCGCUGAGAAGGCUAUGGGCACUUCCGACGUCCGCCUCGACCCCCAGUUGAACAAGAAGGUCUGGGAGUCCGGCAUCAAGGGCGUUCCUUUCCGCCUCCGUGUCCGCAUCUCGCGUAAGCGUAACGACGAGGAGGGCGCCAAGGAGAAGCUCUACUCCUACGUCCAGGCUGUCAAUGUCAAGGACCCCAAGGGUCUCCACACCCAGGUCGUUGAGGACGCUUAGAUAUUGAACACCCUGGGAGGACUAGAAGACGAAGAUGCAUAUCAAAAGCAUGGCGUUCCGGCGGGUUGCUGAAUAGCUGCUUGAUUAGACAGCGAAAGGCUUGUGAAAUGAUACCUAAAUGAUAUUCAUGCCCGCCAUGUUGCACAC